AUGUCAGAAACAGUUGCAAUGACACAGCCUUCUCCACUGGUUCGGGGUCGGCCACGAAGCAAUUCGAUGCCGGCAUUCUCUCCAGACACUACUCCAGUCGUAAAACAAUACCAAAGACGGAGAUCCGUCUACCAAUCACUCGCCGCACUAAACCCGCUCGACUUCCUUCACCUCCAUCGAGAAAAAUUCAGGCCUGCCCCCACGCAGCCAAGUAGGGCUGAGAAGAAAGAGAGUCUAGGUGCCCCCAAGGGACUUGCAUCCCGAGGUUUUAAGUUUAGCCUACGACGAAGAAGAGGCCCUGCAAGCCGUGUAGUCAUCCACCAAACCAAGUUGCCUGUUGUCAUCCGCGAGGCAGAGGUAGAGGAUGAAUUACCAACAUACGAAGAAUCUGUCUCUCAAGACAGCUGUAUGAAUUGCGAUGCUGUGGACUCAGCCGCAACCACUACAGAAGAUACCAUAACAGUAUGUCAACCACCAAGCUCACAACCAGAAACAAUCAUCGACACGGUACCCGUUGUCGUAUCAUCCCAAAAAGCGAAUCUUAUAGAAGCUGAGACAACUACAAUUAUCACAGAGACUACCAAGCUAUCGCAUAUACAACCAUUAGAGUUACCACGUUAUGGUCCAACAACAACUUUUUAUCCGGGAGGAUACGUCCCACCACCACAUCCUCCUCAUGGUAUAGCUUGGCAUAACACUUUAACUCGUCCGUAUAAUGCUUUGAAUGCUUACUUUGGUAGUCCUCAUUGCCCACGUCUAACCGGCCAAUGCUGCAAAUGCGGUGCAAUGAGGGGUGUCUGUCGCCACUUCAACGCAGAGUGGCAGGUCCCUCACAGUUUUGUAAGCCGUUUAAUCACCGGGUCAGGUAAUAAUGGGAUGUUCUCGUCUUACAAUGGGGUUAACUACGGCUUCUACCCUGGUGAUGGCCAAGACUGGGAUUGGACUGCCCUUGAAGGUGUCAUCAACCUAAUGGGUGUCACAAUGGGCAUACAUGUUGUAGGCACGUUGGUAGGGGACACUGGUGGAGUGGCCAUGGAAGAAAACGGGAUUACUACGGAGGAACAGGAUGUUGCGAAGGGUGUGGACACAGUUCUGGUAGAGAGGAAUGUGUAG